CUCUUUUUCCUUCCGUGUCACGCUUCACUCGUUCAAGCCCCGUUGUCACCUAACAUCAUGUACGACGGUUUGCCUUAUUUCAAACAUCUCUAGAGCUGAUAAAGCUCUCGAAGCCAGAUCAUUUGUUAAUAUGGAAUCCGCUCUCUUGACCCACCAUGGGUGUGAUACUAUUGCUAUUGCUUCAGUGUCAUCUGAGCAAUAUUGCUCCAGAUUUGCCUAUAUACCUAGAAUAUGCACGUCUGGCCGAAACGGCGUAAGUCUGCUUUGAAGCACGAGGAAAAUGAAUGACUGGAUUUGGAUGGCAUAGUGACUUUCGUAUCCUGGGGUCAGCCUGGCCAGAUAAUCCUCCUCCGUGCUCACGAUGGUUGUACAGGGUAAUGCCACUUGUUUACUCUACAUCUUCCACGGCCGCGAGGCAAGACGCCAACGCAACACGAGUCUAUUUACGGAACUACCAAGUCGCUUUGUGAAACUGGGUGAAAAAAGGUUGAUGCGUCCUCAUCUCGUCAUUUUUCGGAUGUUACUGAGCAUAUUAUGUUUCCGACACUGCAUCGAGCUUGUUCGGAAAAAUCGACACCUACCUUCUGGUGACAGCACGCAUAAGUUGUUGGGCAUCACAAAAAGGCAGCAGAGGGCUUCUCCGCGCUAUCAGGUCAGUGGAAAUGUGGUACCAAGUUUAAUGACUUACAAGGAUGUCGGGUUUUCCGUGCGUUGCAUUUCAGAACAUUUGAUUGCGACUUUGUCAACGUUUCCAGGACUGAGUUCGAAAAUCUUCGCGUCCAUUCAAUGGACAUUGCCUCAAUGCACGGGACUGUAUAAAGCUUCGCCAGGGAUUACGUCUUACCCUAGUGUUUCCGGGUCUCGCUCAUACAUCGCAAAAAUCGUCCGCUAUGUACAUGUAACGAAAUACAGCGGGGCGGUCAGAUCCCAGAUGAAUCACCUGUAUCUGGUUCUGGAAAGCCGCAAUAAGCUGGUAUCUUCAAGUUGCCACUUCCUAAUCUGAAUUUAAAGUCAAGAAGUGGAGUACUAUCUGU